CCUCGCUAUUUAAAGGUGAACAAACUACAACUCCCAGAAUUCCUGUGCGGUAGCCUGGCCAACAGUGGCAGCUGGCAGCAGUGCUCAGCUCAGCUCGGCUCUCUGGCUGUUGUACGCGGAGCUGCAGCGUUUGUUCCCCUGCAGACACCGUGCUGCUGCCUGGUUUAAGCACUUUUCCCACGACGAGGAAGCACAGCGUGGCGCCUCUUUUCAGCCCGGCUCUUUCAGCAUGGGUAAUGGCAUCAACAAGGUCCUGCCUGACUUAUACCUGGGAAAUUUCAAAGACGCAAGAGACCGAGAACAGUUAGCCAGGAACAACAUCACACACAUCCUGUCCAUUCAUGACAGUGCAGCUCCCAUCCUCCAGGAGAUGACCUAUCUCUGCAUUUCAGCAGCUGACCUGCCCACACAGAACCUGACCCAGCACUUUAAACAGAGUAUAAUGUUCAUGCACGAGUCCCGCCUCAAAGGAGAGGGCUGCCUCGUUCACUGUUUGGCAGGUGUGUCCCGCAGCGUCACCCUUGUAGUAGCUUACAUCAUGACAGUGACAGGCCUGGGCUGGCAGGAGGCACUCGCUGCAGUGAGAGUGGCCCGGCCCUGUGCCGGCCCCAACCUGGGUUUCCAGCGCCAGCUCCAGGAGUUCGAAGCUGCUCAUGUUGAUGAGUUCAGAGAAUGGCUGCGCAGGGAAUACGAGGAUAACCCGUUCAACGAUGACACUGAUAUACGGGACUUGCUUGCCACAGUGUCCAAAAUGAAUAGUGAAGAGGUGAAGAAAGAGACAAAUACCCCACCUGUAGGUAUUUGAUCAGAAUUGUUGAAUGUGAUAUUUUGGCUGAGUCUGAUUCUGGACCUGUGUUGAAGUCUAAUGAGCUUUUGCAGUAUAUAUGAUGGACAUUGAAAAUCACCAGUACAGUUAUUAUGGAGAGCACAUAUCCAUUUUUACUAUUAUUGAUGUUUCUGGUUCAGUUUUUUUUUUUUUUCUAACUUAUAAAUGUCGUGGACUGCAUUUCGUGUACCUUUUGUCAUUGUGAUUUUGAACAGUGUAAUAAAAGGAGUAAUGAGA